UUCCAAUUCGUAAAAGUGAAAGAUCAUCUGUGGGGUCAGUGGAGGAGGUUGACCUUGGUGAUGUCAUGGACUCUGAUGAAUUAGAUGCAUUCUUGGGACCUGAGGUAUCAGCAAAAAAUCAACCAAGAUCAGAUGAUAAGAAAACAAAAGAUGAGGAUGAUAUAACCGGUGCUAUUGUUGUACAAGAAGAUAAUACAGAGCUAGAUGAUGACUCAUUUAAAGAAAGCCCACCACCAUCUGUAAAUGAGUGUGAUGAUACUGUAGAUGAUCAAAAAGACUGCCCUGCAAAAGAGACACCAACCAGUUAAAUAGUCCAUGUAUUACGGAGUACUGAAUAUGGAGUAGAAAUCUCAGAUGCUGAUGCAACUGAGCACCAGUCAUAAUCAUGUCCAUUAAGAAUAUCUAUAUAAUUCAGAUUUGAUAUAGAAGCAGUCCAAUUAAACCCUAGUAAAGUUGUGGUGUCCCCUAUAAUUUGUUGAGAUCCAUCAACUUAAAAAGUAGCUGCUGUACAAAUAAACAGCAAUCUGCGAGAAACUUGAAUAACUGUCACAAAGUAGAAUUCGGUAGACGACACAUAAUAUGUCAAAGGCAUCCAACAAUAUACUGUAAAUGUAUUAAUUAUUCACUUGGUUUUAAUUUCGCCGCUAAGUAAAAUCCACCAAAUUAAAUCUAUAUAAAUAUGUGAAAUAAUAAUAAAACUCAUUGUUUUUUUGACAAAUUUGUGGAAUUAAAACGCAGUGAAUAUACACAAACAUCAAAAUAGUGAAAUUGAAUGUCAAUGAAAAUAAAUGGUUUUACAGUAUGAGACAAUACAACUUUAGCAAAUAAGUAAAGAGAUUCAAAAAGAUACUCU